AUGGCGCCUACUUGGAAGUCAGCCAUGACGGGCAGGGGACUGUCAAGCCCUGCCAUGCAUGUGAGCAUGCUGUAUGACAACUCAUCGUCAUCCAUUGUGGGCAAUCUGUCUGGCCUGGUGGACCAAGGGUACAAGCCGCAAGAGAUAGAUUGGCAUGUUGUUUUUUGGAUAAUUCUCAUUCUGGGCUUUAUUCUUUGUUUGGUUUGCAUCACUCGCUGGUUGUCCCAGGAGGAGGGCGGAUGUACCCUGCCCUUCAACCUUGGAAGCUCAUAUGAAGAGCUGGGCCAUGACGCUGCCCCCGAACAUGAAACCGAAACCAGGAGUGAAGAAGUCACAAGGUUGCGACAAGAAGUGAAGGAGCUGGAGAGCCGUGUGAAGGAAAUGUCGUCGCGGCUCUCUGAGAGCGAGGCGAGGAAUCUGUCGACAACGCAGAAGGUAGACGAGGUCUGGUCAGAGAUGAGAUACUCGCAGCCAGACGGGCGACCACGAAGCAACCGGUCAAGUUAUCGUGGGGCUGAUAGCACUUUGGGCUUGUAUGACUUUGUCAAGCACAAAUCCCCGCCGAAUUUUGGCGAGCAUGUUUAA